AAUUCAACUGCGCAAUAUUGCUCCCCCCACAAAAUAUAUAUGUACAUUUAUUUUUACAUGUCGAAUUUAUUUGCAAUCGCUUUUAUGCAUACAUUUCUCUUGCAAAAAAGAAAGGUUUUUUUUUUCUCAAAAUAAUUUGCUUAAAAAAGUAAAACAAAAUAAAUAUCCCCAUCCAAGCAGGAUUGUAAAAUAAAAAAAAAUAAUUUAAUUUAUUGCUCCUCUUUUGUAAAGAAGUACAUCCCAAACGUACAUUUUUGACCGGCGUUUUUUGAAAGUUGCAUCUGUUCAAAGAAGGAAGUACCUUUCGUUGGAAGGAAAAAGUCCCAAACAGUGCCAAGCAGUGCUAAGCAGUGCCAAACCGCGCAAAAAGCAGCAACCCCACAACGUACAAAAAUAACUCCCCAGGCAGCACAAAAUGUUUUACGGAAAAGUAAUUAAGGCAGACGAAACCGUCGUCCCAGAGAUUAAGGACGGAUACUCCGUUAUCCACCUGUCGAGAGCAUGCUUAAACAACCCAGAAGAUGAAGGGAAGUUGUACGUACAAGUGGAAGAUGCCAAUGGGUGCUAUAACAUUUGCUGUUUGCAAAAAAACGUGUGCGAAGAUACAGCGUUGGAUAUAUUUUUAAUGCUAGAUAAUGAAGUGAAGCUGAAAACGAGUGGCAGCAAAAACGAAGUGCACAUUGUUGGGUAUUACGAAGUGUCCUUUGGUCAGGACCAUCUGGAUGAUGAGGAUGAGGAAGACGAAGAGUUGGAAGGCGAAGAUGACGAAUAUGAAAAUGAAGAGGUUAGAAUGCUUACGAGGAAAAAUACGCUGAAAAAUUCGCUAGCUAACGGAUUUGGAAAAAAGAAAAAAAAAAAUUCUUUGGAUGAAGAUGACGAAACGAAUGUAGGAAAUAACGAUGAUGAGGAUGAUGAGGAUGAUGAGGAUGACGACGAUGACGACGAUGAUGAUGAGGAUGAAGAGGGGGAAGAUGACGACGAUGAUGAGGAUGAUGAGGAUGAUGAUGACGAGGAGGAUGACGAUGAGGAUGAUGAAGAGGACGAAGAGGAUGAUGAUGAUGAAGACGAUGAUGAUGGGACCAAAAACAAAGGAGACAAAAAAAAAAACGGACCAAAAAAAAACAAAAAUAAGAGAGCGCUCGAUAACAAAAAUGAUGGCCCAUCCAAAAAAUCCAAAUUGUUUGACGAAAGUCAGUACGAAAAAGACCUCGUUGCAUUUUUAAAAAAAAAUGGAAAGUGCAAAUUGCCCGAGUUAGGAAAAGUCAAGAAGCCCGAAGGACUCAAAAUGAAAUUGGGGUUCUUCAUUAAGAAGCAUUCAAAUGUGUUCAAGUUUGACGCAGAUAGUCAGGUGGUUUCUUUGAAGAAUAACUGAGCAAAGCGUUUGUGACGUAACCGUGGGGGGAAAAAGAGAAAGGUAAAAAGAGGGGGCGAGUCAAGAUGCGAACAGGGGAGAAAAGAUGGUUCCCCCCCUUUCCCCAUAUAUGGAGCCUGCACCGUUCUGCCCUGCGUAUAUGUAGAACUUCAUUUUGCGUCAUUAUUGCGAGGAAAGAGCUUUCAUUUAUGUGCAAAAAUUUUCUGCCUUUUCCCCAUGUGUGUACAAAUGACAUGCAUAUUUUGCAACCCCCCCACGCUUGCCCCCUUUCAUGUAUAUGCCCAUAUAUCCGUUAGCACUUCCCAGUAGCAGUUAUCAUUCCUCCCUUUUUAACCCUUUUAAUAAAUGUUUCCCUAUUGACAGUUCUCAUUCGCCAUUUUUUUUUUCCCCUCCCUCUAUUAAUUACUAUCACCCCUUUUAUUUGAACAUGCAUACGUGUGUCGUAUCCAUGUAUGUAAAUAUAUAACCACACAGAAUGUGCAUCAUACGAGGGCGUAUGUAUGUACAUAUAUAUAGCGUGUGUGUAUCAUAUGAGUUUUAUAAAAGUGGAUGAUAUAGGGCUAUGUGUUUUUUCGCUUUAAUUUUACAUGAACGCAUGAAUGGACGCGCAGUACGCAUAUGUAAGUGUUUUUUUAUGCGUAUCGGCGGCGUAUCUGCCGCCAAUCAGCUGCGCACAAAAAUGCGUACGCUCUGGUGCAGAUCCCCCACUUUUGUGGGUACGAGCUAUACCACCUGCACCCCCCUCCCAUUUUGUCACCAUAAAAUCGUGUAUUAGUCCAACAGUCUCCACAUUUUUGAAGAACCAACUUAUUCAUAACACAUUUUUAUUAAACGUUUAAAAAUAACGC